AUGUCGGCGGAUCCUGAAAGCUUCACAUCGCGGCGCCCUGCCGCAAAUGCACUGCCGGCUUUCUCUCUGCCGCCUCCGAAUGUUGAUGUACCAAGUAUGGCCAGACAAUCCCUCUACCCUCUUCCUGUAGGCAACCAGUCGGACUCGUUUCACAACCCUCGGGAUACCGACUCGGGUGGCUAUUCCUAUCAUACGUCUUAUUCUCCCCAUCACGGUUCCUUUCCCGAUCGCCGCGUUUCGUCUUCGCCCAGUAUUCUGACCCCUUCGCCAGGAGCCAGUGAAGAUCUGAGCCCUAGUAUUUCUAGUGUGAACACAGGUAGUUCCCAGGGUUCCCAAGCAGCAGGUGGAAUGUAUUCGUAUAGUGGCCUUCAAGGUAACUGGUCCGCGCAAAACAACUCCGCCUACACUGUCAGUUCUGCAACUCAGGCCCCGCCGACCCUCGGCCAGCAGCAUUUCAGUAUUCGAAGCCAGUCCAUGUACAGCCAAGGCCCCGGAAUACAUCAGUACAACCACCCGCGAAGCUCCCAAUCACCAGCUACUGGAGGUGAAGGUCUUCCAGCACCCCCUUAUGAUCAGGUACACCAUCCUUUCCAGACUCCCAUCUCAGGGGGAGGCGGCCAGACCACUUCACCAGGAUUGUCGACAUCCCAUCAUGCUCAGAAUACAAUUCUUGCUUCGCAAAACUCGGUUUCUACACAACCCCCCGCCCAUUCGAACGUAUCAGCACAUACGGAUUCCUAUACGCAUUCGAGACCCCCGAGCACACCGAGCUAUUAUACAGCUUCCUCUACACCCCAACAGCCAGGCUUCUCAUCCUACCAUGCUCAGCCUUCGCCGACCCAGCAGUCACCACCGGGCCAUGGCCCUGUUCCCCGAGGUAUGGGAUCAGCUGGCAUGGCGCCCCCUAAUGCAUUUCGACAUUAUCCUGCCUAUCAGCCGCUUCCCAACAUGGGCGGGCCAGCUAUCAUGUCAAACAUCCACCAGCCAGGUAGUCAAAUGUCGAUGAUUCCAGGCAUGGGCGUGCCUCCGUAUGGACCUAUGCUUUAUGGCGGACACGGCCCGGCUACUCCGCAAUCAGAGCGACCUUUCAAGUGUGAUCAGUGCACUCAAUCGUUCAGUCGUAACCAUGAUCUGAAGCGCCACAAGCGAAUCCAUCUGGCUGUUAAGCCUUUCCCUUGUACAUUUUGCAGCAAGAGCUUUUCUCGAAAAGAUGCCCUCAAGAGACACCGACUUGUCAAGGGUUGCGAGAACAAGGCCAACGAGGCCAUCAACGCAGACAGCAAUGGGACAGAUCGAAGUGGAGAGGAAAACGACAGUCCUGUGAAGCGCGAACAGUAA